AUGUCGGCCGAAGCAAAUGUCGACAGCGGAUCAAUCAGACCACUAGCGAGCUCCAAGGGGCGUCUCGCAAACUCUAGCCCUUUCGGCUACGGCGCAUUUGCGACAACUUUGAUGACUGUAUCACUUUCUAUGCUGGGCAUACGCAACGUCGAGAACCAAGCGUUAUUCAUCGCCAAUCUUUGUUUCCUCGCCGGUCUGGGCCUGCUCAUCUCAGCUCAGUGGGAGAUGGUCAGAGGUAACACGUUUGCCUACACGACACUCAUUGCUUUCGCAUUCUACUACGGCGGUUAUGGCUUCCUGCUAAUACCGUCAGCCGGGAUUGUCAAUAGCUAUGGCGGGAAGACGGAGGAAUAUUUUAAUGCAUUCGGAUUCUAUCUCGCCGCUGCUUUUGCUACUAACGUCGCCAACGUCAUAAUCUACGGUGCGCUCGAGUUUUCCUACAUUUUCAACUGCUCAGCAAACUUUGCCUUUGCAGAUGGACAUGUAUCGGUCGCUGAGACGUUGACUAAGAUCGCCGGUGGCUUCGGCCUUGUUGCUGCUUUUUCGGGUUUCUAUGUCAUGGCUAGCGAGUCUUGUGGUGAAGUGUUGCCGUUUCCUCUACCGUUGGGCGACUUGUCACGACAUGGAUUCUUUCCGAAUAGGAAAAAAGUUUAG